CCCGGGCAGAAGCUGAGCACCCUGCGCCCGAGGAGCCCCCGUUGGCCUGGGGGGGCUGAGGGACUGAGCCCCCCAGAGCAGGACCUCCCCCUGGAAGGGCCGCGCCGCAGCCCGUGGGAGGGCCUCGCCCCCGGCGCUCCCCAUCUCCACUCGCUGCUGUCCCGGCCUCCGCCGGAGGGAGGGGCCGAGCGCCCUCGGGGGGCCGUGGACCCCGGCGUUCUGAGCGUUCCGCGCCCCGCGCCGCCCGGCCCCCCCGCCGCCGAUGGCCGCCGACCCGCCGGGAGCUGCCGAGAAGGGAGAGAUGGCUCCCGGGACACGUGUGAGCCCUCGGCGUUGCUGACGCCCCCAAUGUCGUCGAGCAGCCGGGGGCCGGGGGCCGGAGCGCGCCGACGCCGAACCCGCUGCCGCCGCUGCCGGGCCUGUGUGCGAACUGAGUGCGGGGACUGCCAUUUCUGCCGAGACAUGAAGAAGUUCGGGGGGCCCGGGCGCAUGAAGCAGUCGUGCCUGCUUCGGCAGUGCACCGCGCCCGUGCUCCCACACACAGCUGUGUGCCUCCUGUGUGGGGAAGCUGGGAAGGAAGAUACAGUGGAUGGAGAGGAAGAGAAGUUUGCUCUGAGCCUCAUGGAGUGUACAAUCUGCAACGAGAUCGUCCACCCUGGCUGCCUGAAGAUGGGAAAGGCUGAGGGCGUUAUCAAUUCAGAGAUCCCCAACUGCUGGGAGUGCCCCCGAUGCACCCAGGAAGGACGGACAAGCAAGGACUCAGGUGAGGGUCCAGGGCGCCGUAGGGCUGACAAUGGUGAGGAAGGCGCUAACCUAGGGGGUGGAUGGAAGCUGACGGAGGAGCCACCACCUCCACCACCCUUGCCCAGAAGAAAGGGACCCUUACCUGCUGGCCCUCCCCCUGACGAUGUGUCUGGGCCCCCCAAACGGAAGGAGAGGGAGGCGGGGAAUGAGACCCCCACCCCAAGGAAAAAGGUGAAAGGAGGCCGAGAGAGGCACUUGAAGAAGGUGGGUGGAGAUGCCUGCCUCCUCCGAGGAGCGGACCCAGGCAGCCCCGGCCUUCUGCCCCCCAGGGUUCUGAAUCCGAGCCAGGCAUUCUCAUCCUGCCACCCUGGGCUCCCUCCCGAGAACUGGGAGAAACCAAAGCCGCCUAUGGCUUCUGCUGAGGGCCCAGCAGUGCCAUCCCCAUCGCCACAGAGGGAGAAACUAGAGCGUUUCAAGCGGAUGUGCCAGCUGCUGGAGCGGGUGCCUGAUACCUCUUCUUCCUCCUCGGACUCAGACUCUGACUCAGACUCAUCUGGCACAUCACUUAGUGAGGAUGAAGCUCCUGGGGAGGCCCGGAAUGGGCGGCGGCCAGCCCGAGGCAGCUCUGGCGAGAAGGAGAACCGUGGGGGGCGGCGGGCCAUACGCCCUGGCAGUGGGGGGCCACUGCUCAGCUGGCCCCUGGGCCCUGCCCCACCACCGAGGCCUCCACAGUUGGAGCGGCACGUGGUCCGGCCCCCCCCUCGAAGCCCUGAGCCUGACACUCUGCCUUUGGCUGCUGGAUCCGACCACCCCCUGCCUCGGGCGGCCUGGCUUCGAGUCUUCCAGCAUCUGGGACCCCGAGAGCUAUGUGUAUGCAUGCGAGUCUGCCGGACUUGGAGCCGCUGGUGCUACGACAAGCGUCUGUGGCCUAGGAUGGACCUGAGCAGGAGGAAGUCACUGACCCCACCCAUGCUUAGUGGGGUCGUUCGCCGCCAGCCCCGCGCUCUGGACCUCAGCUGGACAGGUGUCUCCAAAAAGCAGCUCAUGUGGCUUCUGAACCGACUGCAAGGCCUGCAGGAGUUGGUGCUCUCUGGGUGCUCCUGGCUCUCCGUCUCUGCCCUGGGCUCAGCCCCACUGCCAGCACUGCGGCUCUUGGACCUCCGCUGGAUUGAAGAUGUUAAAGACUCCCAGCUUCGUGAGCUGCUGCUGCCUCCACCAGACACCAAACCAGGGCAAACGGAGAGCCGAGGUCGACUGCAGGGGGUGGCAGAACUCCGCCUAGCAGGCCUGGAGCUCACCGAUGCCUCCCUGAGGCUCCUGUUGCGCCAUGCUCCCCAGCUCAGUGCCCUCGACUUGAGUCACUGCGCCCAUGUUGGGGACCCCAGUGUCCACCUCAUUACGGCUCCCACCUCCCCUCUCCGAGAGACACUGGUACACCUCAAUCUCGCUGGAUGCCACCGCCUCACGGACCACUGCCUUCCACUGUUCCGUCGCUGCCCACGUCUUCGCCGCCUGGACCUGCGCUCCUGCCGCCAGCUCUCACCUGAAGCUUGUGCCCGGUUGGCAGCUGCUGGGCCCCCUGGCCCCUUUCGUUGCCCAGAAGAGAAACUACUUCUCAAGGACAGCUAGUUGGGUGCCUAUGCCCCGGUCCCCCAGGACUCAACAAGAGCUCCUGGGCCUCUCGCCUUCAUUUCACCCCUGUUUGGAGGCCAGGUUAUUUUCUUCAUGACUUGGCACUCCUCAGUUUAAUGACUUGGGAUUUCUUCCCAAGGACUUGAGCCAGCCUUCCCCUUCCCUCCCACCUGCACUGAUAUCUUUGGGGGUCUUUGCUUCCCAUCUCUCCCUUCCACCUGCUUCAUUGUCCAUCCCCUUGGGGGAGUGGGUCAAGAGGUACCGGGGAGGUGCUGAGCCAAAGGGACGGUGGGAGGGGGCGCCAAAGGUGCGAGUCAGGAAGGAGGAGGGGAAAUGGUAUCUUGCACGCAGGAUACUGGGAGCCAGGGGGCUGAGGGAGGUGGUAGCCGGGUGCGGGGAGGGCAGAAAGCAGAAAGCAGACCAACAAGGUUCAGGGAACAGACCAGUUGGGUGGGGCGGGGUCCAAAAAAAAGGGAAACCAGAGGAGCAGUUGGGGUUCCAGGUGUCAGAUAGGGGCCUCUAAAGCCAGGAAAAGCCAGGACUGGGGGCUGGGAGAGGAGCAGAUGUGGGCUAGUCCCCUCUCUGUGGGGUUACCCCUCUCCCCUUCCUCUGCCCAGAUUCCAGUUCUUUCCCCACCCGACUCCUUGAACGUCACUGAAAAUGGCAGCUAUUGCAAGGAGUAGGGGCCACGGGUCCACCUGCUGUUCAGCGUGGCCCAGGGGAGUGGUAAGGGGUGGCCCAGACCCUUGCCUGGCUCUCUCCACAAUACUUGAACAUUCAUCUGUACUGAAGUGUUACUUGAACCGGGGGAAAUCUCGGACUUGGGGGAGUGUGAUGUGAGGGGACCAGCUUGACUGACGGAAACUGGGCCAGUGGGUACCCAGUUUGGACUGUCCCACCCCCAGUUCUCUUGAGUUACUGUCUUGAAGAGCUCCACCCCACCUCCGACCUGAGUUGGGGGUGGGGGAUGUCAGCUUAAAGAUGGGCAAGAUGGGACUCCUCCAGCUUGGCUCUUCCCAUUCUUUCAUCGUCAUGGAAACAUGUGUCCCAUUUGCCCAGGGAACUGCCACUCCUGGUUGCCAUGGAAAUAGCAGCCAAUGGACACCUCCGGAAAUCAGUGCUAAGACUGGAAAUGGUCCCUCUUAGUUGCUGUGGGAACUUAGUAAGACUCUUGGCACCUCCCCUCUCCCCACCCCUUCCCUUCUUCCAGUGUGGGGGUGGGGUCUCAAGAGCCUGAGGGAGGAGUCAGGUCCAGGUCCCACUCAAUUUAGGCCAGGGGGAACUGGAUUGUACCACAUGGGGGUGGGGGGAGGGGAAUCUAUCCACAUACCUCAGGUAACAGGAAGGUG